AAUACGGGGUUCGGCGAAUUUACCAAAACAGACAACCUGCCUGGUAACUGGCUAGCAUUAAGCUAAGUAUAUCACGGCUGUCAUGGAAGCUGCUCGAAUUGAAUGAAAAGCCAGCUUUUAAAAUGACCCGGUGUAUGCAGGCAUCUAGGAAGCAUUAGAGCAGACGGCAAGAUGGGACUGCUGUCCGAUCCCAACAGGAGACGGGCUUUGAUCAACCUGUUGACCCGUCUCAAUGCUCCAAUCUGUGUACUGUGCUACUUUGCCGGCGUAUGCUGGUUUAUGGGGUUGGCAUUUGAGCCGUUCACGUUGCGGACAUAUAUGUCGGAGAACGCCAUGGGCUCCACCAUGGUGGAGGAGCGCUUCCCUUCAGGAGAACGAGCUCUGGCCACAGGCAGAGAGUUUGCAGCUCACAAGAAGAAAGUUGGCGGGAUGCCGGUGGAUUGGCUAGUGAAAACGAUGCAGGCCCGAGGGCUGGAGGUGUUCACGCAGAGCUUCUCUCGCACGCUUCCCUUCCCGGAUGAAGAUAAAGAGAGAUAUAUUGUGAAAGGUACAAAUGUUUACGGGAUCCUUCGGGCCCCUCGAGCUGCAAGAACUGAAGCCCUAGUGCUCAGUGCUCCUUGCAGCCCAGGCGAUAACAACAACCAGGCUGUGGGGCUGCUACUAGGCCUGGCUCAUUACUUCCGCGGUCAGAUUUUCUGGGCCAAGGACAUAAUUUUUCUCGUGAACGAGCACGAUCUGAUUGGCAUGCAGGCCUGGCUGGAGAGCUACCACCACACCAACACUACAGGGAUGGACUGGUCUCCGUUACAAGGCCGCGGCGGUUCCAUCCAGGCAGCUCUGUCCCUGGAGCUCAGCAGCGACGUCAUCACCAGUUUGGACAUAGUACUGGAAGGCCUCAAUGGCCAGUUACCGAACCUGGAUCUAGCAAACCUCUUCUAUGCCUUCUGCCAAAAGAUCGGGGUCCUCUGCACCAUCCAGGGCAGGCUGCAGAGGAACGACUGGGACAGCGUGUCAGGCUACAGCCACGCGGUGCAGACCAUGAUGCUGAUGGUGAUGAAGCAGGCCAGCGGUCGGCCUUGGGGAGACCACGGGCUGUUCCUGCGCUACCACAUAGAGGCGGCCUCCAUCAAGGGCAUCAACAGCUUCCGCCAGUACAAGACGGACAUCACCACCGUCGGCAGACUGCUGGAAGGAAUGUUUCGGAAGCUGAAUAAUCUUCUGGAACGUCUUCAUCAGUCCUACUUCUUCUACCUCAUGCCAUCAUUGUCCCACUUUGUCUCUAUUGGAUACUACAUGCCAGCAUUCGGCCUCCUUGCGGUCAUCCUGCUGCUCCGUGCCUUAGACCUGUGGGUGCAGUUUGUGAGUCCACCUGCCGUGACAGCGGAUGGAGUUGGCGAUGUAGAGCAGCAGUCCAGCCCGGGGGCCCUGUCAGUGUUGACUCCUCUGGUGAUCAGCCACCUGACUGGAGCAGCUUUGUACAUUCUGCCAACCCGUUUCCAGGAGAUCGCCGUCGAGCACUUCCCGGUGUCUGAGACCGAGGCCGUCGUCCUCACAGCCAUAGCCGUUUACACGGCAGGCCUGGCUCUGCCUCAUAACACACACAGGCUGCUGUCGGGUGAGGGGACAGAGCAGGGCUGGAGGGUGCUGAAGCUCGUCGCCGUUCUCUACCUGGCUAUCCUGCUGGGCUGCACUGCCCUCAUUAACUUCUCCCUGGGCUUCAUCCUGGCUCUCACCCUGGUGCCUGUGGCUGCUUUUGUCACACCCCAUGUGCCCAAAACUUUGUCGGCUGUCGUCUUGGUGAUCCUCAGCCCCGCCUGCACACUCCUCCUCUCUGUGUUUUUCUUCCAAGAGCUGCAGGAAAUGCCUGUCAGCUUCCAAGACGGCUGGCUGAUGUACCUGUCAGUGAUUUCGCAGGGAAUCCUGGACCAUCACUUGUACGGCUCUCUGGUCUACCCACUCAUUGCCUUGAUGGUUUAUCCAUGUUGGCUACUUUUCUGGAACAUCCUCUUCUGGAAGUAGACGAUCUCAGGUUUCCUUUCCUUUUCUUUUUUUUUUUUUUUUUUUUUUUUUUUUUUACUUGGCAAAUGGGAGAAACACACAGCUAGAUCCACUGGAGGGUAAAUCAAGAACAUUUCUCUUACGAGAGAGAAACCGCCUCCCUUUGUGUGUUUUUUAUGUUGGUUUGGAGUUUUUACUCAGAGUACGUAUUUGAUCAUUCAAAGGUUGCAGCGAUAAAACAGAACAAAUAAAGGCGUUUGUACUUCA